UAGUUUCAACCAGUGGCCAAUUUUUUCCCUCCAUCAUUUCAUUCGGAUAAUAAUUAAACAAUCAGACCAUCUCCAUUCAAAAAAAAAACGAAUUAAAAAUGGCGAAAUUAUUAUUAUCAUCACAAUUUCUAUGCAAAAACCCAAUUUUAUUCACUAAAACCUCUCAGUUCAUCACCGGUUCCGGCCACAACCGGCGGUUUUCAUCCGCCGUUAAAAUAAGCAUGAGCUUAAAAGCCGGAAUUGUCGGCCUCCCUAACGUCGGCAAAUCCACGCUUUUUAACGCCGUUGUGGAGAAUGGUAAAGCACAGGCAGCUAAUUUUCCAUUUUGUACAAUAGAGCCAAAUGUAGGAACGGUUGCGGUUCCGGAACCGCGAUUAAAAGUGCUUUCGGAACUCAGCAAAUCUCAGCGUUCGGUUCCAGCUUCUAUUGAGUUUGUUGAUAUUGCUGGUCUUGUCAAAGGAGCUAGCCAAGGAGAGGGAUUAGGUAAUAAGUUUUUAUCUCAUAUUCGCGAGGUUGACUCUAUUCUUCAGGUUGUGAGGUGUUUUGAAGAUAAUGACAUUGUUCAUGUUAGCGGAAAGGUUGAUCCUAAGUCUGAUAUUGAUGUAAUUAAUUUAGAGCUCGUUUUCUCGGAUUUAGAUCAGAUUGAAAAAAGAUUAGAGAAGCUUAAAAAAGGGAAAGCAAAGGAUUCACAAUCUAAAGUCAAGGAGGAAGCAGAAAAGUCUGCUUUGGAAAAAAUUCAAGUGGCACUGCUGGACGGAAAACCAGCACGUUCUGUAGCUUUACCAGAUCUUGAAAAGGAUGCCAUAAAGCAUCUCUGCUUGCUUACAAUGAAACCAAUCAUAUAUGUUGCAAAUGUUGCUGAAUCUGACCUUGCUGAUCCUGAUAGUAAUCCACAUGUCAAAGAAGUGAUGAAUCUUGCAUCUGAAUUGCAAUCUGGACUGGUUGCAGUUUCAGCACAGGUUGAGUCAGAACUUACUGAACUGCCAGCUGAAGAGAGAACUGAGUUUUUAAAUUCACUUGGAGUCAGUGAAAGUGGCCUUGGAAACCUUAUUAGAGCUACAUAUAACCUUUUAGGACUUCGUACAUACUUUACAUCUGGUGAAAAGGAAACAAAAGCAUGGACCAUACUAACAGGAAUGACUGCACCCCAGGCUGCUGGAGUUAUACACUCUGAUUUUGAGAAGGGUUUUAUUCGAGCUGAGACAGUGGCCUAUGAUGAUUUUGUUGCUGCUGGUUCAUUAGCAGCUGCAAGGGAAAAAGGACUUUUGAGAUCAGAAGGUAAAGAUUAUGUUGUUCAAGAAGGAGAUGUCAUGUUAUUUCGCUUCAACGUCUGACAACAUUUGGUUAGAUGUGCAACUUGAAAUUUUUUGUCCGGGGAUUCUUGAAAAUUUUACCAAACCACACAUAUGUUGAUUAGACAUGAAAAUUGAAAGCGACACUAUCUCUUGCAACAUCCAUUUGAGGUGUAAUCGGCUUAUCGUAAGUGCUGGAGCAGCAUGUAUAAUGCAAGACGAACUGUAUUUACUUGAGGUCACUUGAGUUUAGUUUAGAAGAUGCUCAUUUUUAUUAUUCAGAAUGAAUUGAUAUGCAGGGAAAGGAAAAUAAAAUCCCUUAUGAGCCAGUACAUUCGAUUUUCCAACUGCGGAAUUGAUUUUUCUCGAACAAAUGUAUACAUAAAUGAAUUUGUUUUUGAUUUUAUGUCAAAAAUUUCAGGAUUUAAAUUCAA